AUGGACUCGGCGAAAGUGGCUCUCUUGUCCUCCAAGGACAGCGAUUCCACCGUCAACGGCUUGGAGGCUGGCGUUCGCCGCCUCGGCCUUCCUACCGGGUCCUUUCUGGGCGUGAACCGCAAGGGCGGUGACCUCCUGGAGGUUAACCUUCCGCGGAAUGGUUUCACCUCCCGUUGCCUCGUCCUCUACACCUUUUUUCUGAUCUACGUGGCAAUCUUUGCCGUGUUCUUCAUCGACCUUGAUGCGCUCACUCCUUCCAACGCCGAUUUCUGCUCCAUGUGUCCCCUGAUUGGCCUCGGGGCGCUGGUCCUUAUUGUGACCAUUGUCAUGGUUGUCAAGGCACUGACUCGCCGCCACCUCACCUUCACCCGCUCCGAGUUCACCAUGACGUCGUCCUUCCUGGGUCGCAAGUGCUGCUGCCGCAAGUCGUCUGUGAACGGCAAGGCCUCCGACAUCAGCAACGUCAAGAUCGUGGUGUCUGGGGGCCAGUUUGCGGGCUUCAUGACAGCUUGCGAGGUCUCCGAAGGCGUUCGCACGCACCGCUUUGGCAUGAACCUGAGUGUGAGCGAGAAGCAGUACCUGGUGCAGGAGAUUGGCGACUUCCUCGCCUGCCCCUACUCCACCCAGGUCCAGCUGGCGUAA